UCUGAUUAAUAAACUGAAGGAGUUGGGGGCUUCUGAGUAAUGGACACAUGACAUAUUCAUUUGAUGUCACUAAAGACAAGACUUGCGUGACAAAAUAAGAGAAACAAAAUUAUAUCAUAUUUCGAGGUCCAAUGAAUAACAGCAGUGACACAUUUUCAGGACAUGCGGAAAAUAGGCCAAUCGAAGACUCAAAGCCCCAAAUCUUUGCUCGUAAUCACCAAAUUUUGUUGGAACCUCCAAACUCCAGCUUUAGUAGCACCAAUCUUCCUGAAAACUUUAACUCCAAUGAGAUAUUGAGAGAUGAAGAAAACCAAACUAUUGAAAGCAUUCACGUAGGUGGAAGAAUAGAAAAUGUGGUAGAAUCUUCAACGCAUCACUCCAUGAGAACUACUUCGCCGCCCUUUCUGUCAGGUGUUAGACACAUCGUUACAGAACUAUCAUCAGAGCCCUUGCAUCAAGCCCAGUUUAGGUUUGGGCUCAAUUCAAGUGGUGAGUUCAGUAUAUUGCGAGAAAUGAGAUAUCCUAUUCUCCCCCUAGAAGGUGCUUUCGGUUGCAACAGUGAAGUAACAGACUUGGUUCAUCCUAUCAAUGUCAAUGUACCAUCUGUGCAACAGCCUGGUAUAAACCAACAGAACAGUCUGAGUUUAGAUUCAGUACAGCAGCUUUAUGAUGCAACAUCAACUUCUAUCCACAGUUUAGAUCUAAUACAGCAGCUUUGUGAUCCAGCACCAACUUCUACACAUAGUAUGUACAAUGUCAGUGUACCGUCUGUGCAACAGCCUGGUAUAAACCGACAGAAGAAUCUAAAUUUAGAUCCAAUACGGCAGCUUUGUGAUCCAGCACCAACUUCUACACAUAGAAAGUACAAUGUCAGUGUACCGUCUGUGCAACAGCCUGGUAUAAACCAACAGAACAAUCUAAGUUUAGAUCUAAUACAGCAGUUUUGUGAUCCAGCACCAACUUCUACACAUAGAAAGUACAAUGUCAGCGUACCGCCUGUGCAACAGCCUGGUAUAAACCGAGAGAACAGUCUAAGUUUAGAUCCAAUACAGCAGCUUUAUGAUCCAGCACCAACUUCUACACAUAGAUUGUACAAUGUCAAUGUACCGUCUGUGCAACAGCCUGGUAUAAACCGAGAGAACAGUCUAAGUUUAGAUCUAAUACAGCAGCUUUGUGAUCCAGCACCAACUUCUACACACAGAAUGUACAAUGUCAAUGUACCGUCUGUGCAACAGCCUGGUAUAAACCGAGAGAACAAUCUAAGUUUAGAUCUAAUACAGCAGCUUUGUGAUCCAGCACCAACUUCUACACAUAGAAUGUACAAUAUCAGUGUACCGUCUGUGCAACAGCCUGGUAUAAACCGAGAGAACAUUCUAAGUUUAGAUUCAAUACAGCAGCUUUGUGAUCCAGCAUCAACUUCUACACACAGAAUGUACAAUGACAGUGUACCGUCUGUGCAACAGCCUGGUAUAAACCGAGAGAACAUUCUAAGUUUAGAUUCAAUACAGCAGCUUUGCGAUCCAGCACCAACUUCUACACACAGAAUGUACAAUGACAGUGUACCGUCUGUGCAACAGCCUGGUAUAAACCGAGAGAACAUUCUAAGUUUAGAUUCAAUACAGCAACUUUGUGAAGAAAGCCCAUUUUCCCCACAUUUUCAAGGAAGUGUCGACGUUGGACAAACCGUCUUAAAUAAUCGUUGUUCCAGAACAUCUGGUCUUCACGAAAUAAGGGAGAUGCUUAACACACCAGAGAAAUUGCAAACAGUCCGCAUUUUACAAAAACAGUACAUAAGUCAAAUAAUGAGAAGCAAUGGAGACAAACAGGUUCUAUUCGAUAUAGAUGCACAAGGAAGCUUGCUCCACAAAGCCAUCAAACAACGCCAGCUAGAGAAUAUCUAUGUAUUGAUGAAACUCUGGAAACAAGCUAAACCGUACGAAGCCUGUUUUACCCAGUUAAACAUUAUGGACCACAAGGGAAAGGGUUCACUGCUCUCCACUGUGCAGUCGAUUCUCAUGGCAAACCUGAGUCGAAAGCUGAGAGCCAACAACAGAUUCUUGACUGUAGGGAAACAAUAAAACACCUUCUGCUACAAGGCUCUAGACUAACCGCUCAGGAUAACAACGGUAGAACGCCUUUACAUCUUGCUAUUGAAGCAGGUCAAUCAGAAGUCGUAGCA